CGGCUCGGCACCGCGCGGCGCGGCCGCACUCGGCUGCUGCGGCCCGGCCCGGUUCCCUGCGGCCCGGUUCGGCCCGGCGCCAUGGAGAUCUGGAGCAGCCCCGCCGCCUACGACGAGCUGAACGGGAACGCGGAGCCGGGCGGCGGCGCCGACCCCAUCGCCCGCGAGCUGGAGGAAGUGCUGUGCGCCGAGCGGGUUGGCAGGAUCACCAAGACCUACCACGACAUCGAUGCUGUCACCAACCUGCUGGAAGAGAAAGAGCGGGACCUGGAGCUGGCGGCGCGCAUCGGGCAGUCCCUGCUGAAGCAGAACCGGAGCCUGACGGAGCGCAACGAGCUGCUGGAGGAGCAGCUGGAGCUGGCCAGGGAGGAGAUCGCGCAGUUGCGCCACGAGGUCUCCAUGCGGGACGACCUGCUCCACUUCUACACCACGACGACGGAGGAGAGCGAGCCCGGCUCCGCCGCCUCCACGCCGCUGCGCCGGCACGAGUCCUCGGCGUCCCUGCAGCAGUACUUCCAGUACGACGUCCUGCAGCAGAAGCUCAAGGGCCUGGAGGAGGAGAACCAGAAGCUGCGCCUGGAGGCCAGCAGCAUCGCCACUGAGACCUGCCAGUACGAGGACCAGGAGCAGCAGCUGAUGAUCGACUGCGUGGAGCAGUUCUCCGAAGCCAGCCGGCAGGUCACCUACCUCUCCGAGGAGCUGGCCCGCAAGACGGAGGACACGGCGCGGCAGCAGGAGGAGAUCAGCCAGCUCCUGGCGCAGGUGGUGGACCUGCAGCAGAAGUGCCGCACGUACGGCGCCGAGGUGGAGGAGCUCCAGCAGCACCUGGCCGCGGCCAAGGAGGCGCAGCAGCAGCUGCGGACGGAGCUGCGGGACCUGCAGGAGAAGUACGCGGAGUGCGGCGGGAUGCUGCAGGAGGCCCGGGAGGAGGUGAAGAGCCUGCGCAGCCGCAGCCUGCCCAACAGUGCCGUGGGCCGCUACGGCGGGCCCAGCCUGCUGCCCGUGGACUCGCUGGCGGCUGAGAUCAAAGGGACGAUGAGGAAGGGAGCGGACGGCUCCUCCUCGGACUACAGGAGCUGCCUGCGGGUCUUUGAGACGGUGAAAGCCGUGAACCAGGCGGCCAGAGCGAGGUCGUGGUCCGAGUCGCCCCGCCACGCGCCGGGCUCCAAGCAGCCGUCGGCCGUGCCCUCGGGGGGGGCCAGCACCCCCCGGACCGGCUCGGACAGCGCCGGCCCGGCCCCGGAGCUCCCGGCGAGCGCCCGGGCCGAGGAGGCCGGGGAGGAGCGCCGGGCAGCGCCGGGCCGGCACGACCUGGAGGCGGCGGUGCAGCGGCUGUCGGCGCGCCAGGAGAGCCAUGCCUCGGAGCGCUCCUUCUUCGAGACGGAGCGGGAGCACAAGCUGCGGCGGCUGAGGGAGCUGGAUUGCUCCAGCGGCGUCCUCACCCCCAACGAGAGCGUCGUGUCCACCGGCACCAACUGCUCCGGCGGCUCCGAGCUCACCGCCGGCUCCGGCUUCUCCCUGGGCUCCCUAUUCCUGCCCGACAAGCUGCAGAUCGUGAAGCCCCUGGAAGGCUCCGUGACGCUCCACCACUGGCAGCAGCUGGCGCGGCCCGACCUGGGCGGCAUCCUCGUGCCCCGGCCCGGGGUGCUCACCAAAGACUUCCGGCAGCUGGACGUCGACCUGGAGGAGAUCUACAACCUGGACGACCUGGAGGAGGACGACGUGGACGCCGGCUCCUUCCAGCUGCUCCCUACCUCAACGCCCGCCAAGGCCAAGGAGCGCCCCGGCGUGUUCCUCUCUGUUAACAACCUCCCCCAGACCCCGUCUACCUUCACCUUCACCACCUGCCACAUCCUCCACCCCACCACCGAGAUCACCACCGUGACACCCAGCCUGUGUCACGCCGUCGUGCCUUCUUGUGGGCCCCUUGCGAGGCUGAGCGGCGGCGGCAGCCCCCCCCCGCAGCCGGCGCCCCCCCGCCCGCCCGGCGCCCCGCUGGGGCUCGUCACGCUGCUGCGGGCGCGGGGCAUCUCCGCCGCGGCCCCCGGCGGCCCCCGCCCGCCGCCCCCCCCGCCCCGCAGCAGCAUCUUCAGCUUGAACCUGGUGGCCAAGCUGCGGCGCCUGGGGCUGGACACGGUGGUGGCCAGAGGGGAGACGUCCUACGCGCAGGGGACGCACGGCGACGGGCCGACGUGACGGCGAGCGCCGGCUGCGCCCCGCUCCCUCCCGCAGCCCCCUGCUCCGCGGCCGGGGGGGCUCGCGCGGCCCUGCCUGCGGUUUUCUCAGGGAAAGCAUCCCCCGUCGCCCCCCCCGGGGCUCCAGCAACCCCUACGGCUCCUGCCGCCACGCAGCCCUGCGGGGGGGCCCAGGCGUCCGGCUGCAGCUGGGGUGAUGCUCGGCCGGGGCCGGACACGUGGGCCCGGGGCUGAGACGGCCUCUCACCUCACCGGGACCUCGGGCAGCACCGGGACUGUCUUUUAAAGAAAAUAGUGAUUUUUUUCUUUUUUUUUUAAACUUUUCCUGCCCAGUAAGUAGAAGCGCCCAGGAAAGCCUCCCCUGCGCGGGGGCACUGGGGGCCGCGUCUCCCUCCGCGGAGCGGCUGCCCGCGGGCUGCUCCUGCCCCGUCAAAUAAACGUGAGACUGAAGCGGC